CAAAAAUGAAAACCAUUUACUUGGUGGCUGGAUUGUUUGUAAUGCUGAUUCAAGGCAGCUGGCAACGCUCCCUUCAAGACACAGAGGAGAAAUCCAGUUCAUUCCCAGCUCCCCAGACAGACCCCCUCAAUGAUCCAGAUCAGAUAAAUGAAGACAAGCGCCAUUCACAAGGAACUUUCACCAGUGACUACAGCAAGUAUCUGGAUUCUAGACGUGCUCAGGACUUCGUGAGGUGGUUGAUGAACACCAAGAGAAACAAGAAUAACAUUGCCAAACGCCACGAUGAAUUUGAGAGACAUGCUGAAGGGACCUUUACCAGUGAUGUAAGUUCUUAUCUGGAAGGCCAAGCUGCCAAGGAAUUCAUUGCUUGGCUGGUAAAAGGCCGAGGAAGGAGAGAUUUUCCAGAAGUGGCCAUUGUUGAAGAACUGGGUCGCAGACAUGCUGAUGGUUCUUUCUCUGAUGAAAUGAACACUGUUCUUGAUACUCUUGCCACACGGGACUUCAUAAACUGGUUGCUUCAAACAAAAAUUACAGAAUGAAAACAGGUUUGCACUACUCAAGAUCAUUUUCACCGCAUCAUCUGCCAGUCAUCACAGGAAUGUUAGAGAUUUUCAAGUUUUGUAAAUGUAAGAGAUGUAUUCUGAAGCCAUGUUGCUUUGCAUGAUAACAAGAAUAAUUUUUUUCUAAUACU